UGAUCGGAGUUGGAAUAGUGACUGGCGAACUGUGUUCCGAGCAAGCGUAACAGCUCUCGGCGUUCUAGUCGCUCUUUUAAUCACGCGCACACGAAUUAAUUUGGUCGGCGGUGGUCGGCUGGCAGACCGAGGUCGAAUAUUCGAAUCAGUCGUCCCUUUUUUUCUCUCGUUUGAUCACGGGCUCGCCGUGUACUCACCGCACGCUUCUUGUUACCUUCGUUAUCGUUCACCGUCGUCGUGCACGUUUGUCGAUUCACGUUAGUUUGUCGCUGCUCGUUUAACCGUCCCCGGCCGUGAUUGACUGUUGCGAGCCUUUUUUUUCCGCGGAGCCGUCACAGAUACAGCAGUGAAAAUGCGGUAGUGACAGUGUUACACCAGAGACAGGGAGAAGGAAGGGAAUCCCUGACUACGUUUGUAGGCGCGAGGACGCCACGAGAUUACUCGAGAAAAUCGAAGUGAACGAAAUUAGGGGAGAGGCUCCUUGAAGCCAGGGCCGAAAGUUAUGACGAGCUCGUGUGUUCGAGGACGAGGAAUUUACGCGCAUGUGUCCAGUGGGAUUUAGUGUCGGCGAUAAAGCAUUCUUUCCAGAUCUGGAUACCUUGCUCUCGACACCUACGGGACCUGGAUUAUCUCAUGUCAGGAUGGCGCUGGCGCGAAUUGCGGUGAGCGACUGUGCGCCUCAAACGUCGCGAGUCAGCUCAAACUUGCACAGCAGCAGUAGUAUGGCAGUAAGCCGUGUACCAAGCCCUCCACCACCGGAAGUGAACACCCCCGUAGCCGAGAAUUGGUGUUACACGCAGGUGAAGGUGGUUAAGUUCAGCUACAUGUGGACGAUAAAUAACUUCAGCUUUUGCCGGGAGGAAAUGGGAGAAGUGCUAAAGUCGUCCACCUUCUCAGCAGGGGCCAACGAUAAAUUAAAAUGGUGCCUAAGAGUGAAUCCUAAGGGUCUGGAUGAGGAGAGCAAAGACUACCUGUCUCUAUAUCUCCUUCUCGUUUCGUGCAACAAAUCCGAAGUCAGAGCAAAGUUCAAAUUUUCUAUUCUUAAUGCCAAAAGAGAAGAAACCAAAGCAAUGGAGAGCCAACGUGCUUAUAGGUUCGUCCAAGGUAAAGAUUGGGGAUUCAAGAAGUUCAUUAGGAGAGAUUUCCUUUUGGACGAAGCCAAUGGACUCUUGCCCGACGAUAAACUCACGAUAUUCUGUGAGGUAUAUACCUUUGUCAGCGUAGUGGCGGACAGCGUGAACAUUUCCGGACAAAGUAAUACUAUACAAUUCAAAGUUCCAGAGUGUCGAUUGCCGGAUGACCUUGGGCUUUUGUUUGAAAACCAAAAAUUUAGCGACGUCACGCUGACAGUGUGUGGGAGGGAAUUUCAGGCGCACAAAGCCAUUCUUGCAGCGCGAAGUCCCGUUUUCUCGGCGAUGUUCGAGCACGAGAUGGAGGAAAGGAAGCAGAAUCGCGUAGACAUCACCGACGUGGACCACGAAGUGUUACGAGAGAUGCUGCGAUUCAUAUAUACCGGAAAGGCGGCGAAUUUGGAAAAGAUGGCGGACGAUCUGCUAGCCGCGGCAGACAAAUACGCGUUAGAAAGGUUGAAGGUUAUGUGCGAGGAAGCGUUGUGCACGAGUUUAGCGAUCGAGAACGCGGCCGACAUCCUAAUCCUCGCUGACCUGCAUAGCGCUGAUCAACUGAAGGCACAAGCCAUAGAUUUUAUUAAUACACACGCGACGGAUGUGAUGGACACAGCGGGUUUUAAGUCGAUGGUGAACUCACAUCCGCAUCUCAUAGCGGAAGCGUUUCGGGCGUUGGCCACCCAACAAAUUCCACCGAUCGGACCGCCCAGGAAGCGGGUGAAACAGAGCUGAAAACAGUCACCGCUGACUCCGGGCACGACCUCCACAUCGCCCCCGCCUAUUCUGCAUCCCUCAUGACUUUUUUGUGUACAGUGAUACAAGUAGUGCUAAAUAAAUGUUUCCUAGUGCGCCAUCCUCUGGUCCACUUGAGAAGGAACCGCGGCGGGAACUGGUCUUCAUGGUUUUCGACCGCGAUUUAAAUGGUAUCGUUCAAGGAAGACACGAAAGGUGUCGCCGGUUCGAAAGCAGCGGGUUUUAUAAAGCAAUUUAAAAAAAACCCACGGCUAUAGACUUUGUUGUAAUUCGGUGAUGUCGUCGACGUUUAAGAAGCCUCUAUCACACAAAGAAAGGGAAAAGAAAGCACGUGUAUACACCGUAUGGAAAAUAACCUCGAAACGAGUAAAGCACUAUAUAUUUGUUCCAACCGGUUUGGACGGAAUUUCUUGGUACUUUGCAUUGUGCGUUAACGUAAAGGGUUCUCGUGCGUCAGAAAAAAAAAACAAACGUGUUUUUCAUCCUUCGACACGGAACCAAACAUCAUGGUCAGCGAUUUGUCAAUGCGCAUCAUUAGGGUCUCGCAUGGAUUUGCUUUCAUUCGUACAACAGGAGGAAUAGCUUGGAGAAGCACGCGAACCAUCUAUAUAUUAUUGAAAAGCAUCAAUAAAAGCAGCCAGAGGACCAAGGCGAGAUUGAAACUCGCUGAAACAUUGCUACGCAACACAGGCUCACACGCGAAGAAAAAGGGACACGUGACACAUGAGGGAAGAGAGUUGUGAUAGACGUCGACCAGACAUUUGGAAAGAAAGAAAGAAAAAAAAAGAAAGAUUUUGUUCCUUUGACGAAAGAAAAAUGAAAAAAAACGGAUCAAACGAGAUGUCCCACGCUUGUUCGUCGCGUAUGCGACAAGCAAGAAUAAAUAAGAUAUGUUUAUUACCGAUAGUGAUUUUUAGUUUUAAAUGGAAAACAAAUAUGAAGGAAAAAA